AUGUCCAGCUCGGCAAAGAAGGAGACUGUCCUCCGCCGAUUCCGCGAACUCACCAAUGCAACUCCACAAGACGCACAUCGUAUCCUCAAAGCACACGGCUACCGCAUAGAAUCAGCCACUAACGCUUUUUUCAACGACGAACAAGCUCAGAUCAAUGCUUCCGCCUCCUCCUCCACCCAUGAUAAGAAGACCGAGAGAGAAGUCAAGGAACGACUCAAUGCCCUUUUCGAUCGAUUCCGGGACAGCGGGAAUGCAGCAGACUCUGAUGACGAGAAUGAAGAGAGCGGACCAGCAGCACCAGAAGACUCAGACACAAUGAGCAUCGCUGGAGCGCUCAAGAUGUGUGAGGCGCUCGAGGUAUCUCCCGAAGAUGUUGUCUUCCUGCCGCUUUCCUACUAUCUCAAAUCGCCCUCUAUCGGUACAUUUACCCGCAACGACUACAUCAAUGGGUGGAAGAUGCUCGAUCUUUCCGACACCAUCAAUAAGCAACAAAAGACACUCGAAAAGCUCCGACAAGAGCUGUUCGAAAACAAACCACUUCGUCUCGAACGUAUGGCCGAAGAAAAGUCCAACCCUGCUACUGCGUCUUCAGCGAACAAGGGUCUCUACGAGAAAGUAUACGAGUACACAUACGGGUUCGCGAGGAAAGAAGGACAGAAGAGUCUGGCACUAGAAAACGCACUAGCAUUCUGGGACUUGAUCUUGCCUGCAUCACCAACCUUCCAGCGAGAGGGCGGGUCAGGAACGUUCACACAACAACACUUGGAUCAAUGGAAGAAGUUCCUAAGCGAGCAGACGGGCGGUAGAGCAGUGAGCAAAGAUACUUGGGUUCAGUUCCUGGACUUUACCAAGGAGAUUAACCAGGAUUUCAGUAAUCAUGACUUUGAUGCUGCUUGGCCAUCGGUGAUUGACGACUUUGUUAUGUGGGCAAAAGAGAACUUGCCUUCUGAUGGCAUGGACACGAGCUAA